AUGUCUAUGAUCACAGCAACAGCUUGGGUCCCUCGUGGCUUCGCAGCUCCUUUUCCAACAAAAUACAACUUUGACGAGGAAGAAUUUCAGCGGAUUGCUGAUCUCGCGAAGUUGCAAUUGGAUGAUGCGAACGAGGAUUUGGAGGAAGCGCAAAACACAGCAGAAAAUGGCGCAGAUCCAGAUGCUAUGGUAGAUGAUGAAGGCUCAGAUGAUGAAGCCGUUUCAAAAGGGGUGAAGUCAAAAGCUGAGGAAGAUGAUGAUUUAAAAGAAUACGACUUGGAUCAUUACGAUGAUGAUGUUGAAGAGGACAAGGAAGGUGGUGAGGGCAUGGGUAUGUUUGGAAAUGUAAAGUCUCUUGCAUACCACGAAUCGAAUGAAGAGGAUCCAUAUAUUACGAUGGCAGGGAAUGCUGAGGAUGAAGACGAGGACAGGGAAGAACUUCAAAUAUUGGCAACAGACAAUAUGCUACUGGCGGCAAAGAUAGAGGAUGAGGUUGCACAUCUUGAGGUGUAUGUUUACGAAGAUGAAGCUGAUAACCUCUACGUACAUCACGAUAUAAUGUUACCGGCAAUACCAUUAUGUCUGGAAUGGCUCGACUUGCCUGUCGGAAAACCCAGUGUUGAUAAGGACUCGAGGGCGAAUUUCGUCGCCGUUGGAACUUUCGAUCCGGAUAUUGAGAUUUGGGAUUUAGAUACAGUCGAUUGCAUGUAUCCUAAUGCUAUUCUAGGGCAAGGUGGACAAAACAAAGGUGGAGAUGAAGGAGCUAAGAAGAAGAAGAAGAACAAGAAGUCGAAAAAGGCCAAUGACAAAUUUCACGUGGAUGCAGUUCUCUCAUUAGCUGCCAAUAGACAUCACCGAAACCUACUAGCCUCUUCAUCGGCAGAUAAGACAGUUAAGCUUUGGGAUUUACACACUACCACAUGCGCGAAGUCGUACACACAUCAUACAGACAAAGUAUGCUCGUUAGCCUGGCAUCCAAAGGAAUCCACUGUUCUGCUGAGUGGUAGUUAUGAUAGAACGGUGGUAGCUGCAGAUAUGAGAGCCCCAGAUGCGAAAGCACCCAGAUGGGGAGUAGAAAGUGACGUUGAGAAUGUCCGCUGGGACCCUCACGACCCAAAUUACUUCUAUGUCUCAACUGAAAGUGGUGUCAUUCACUUCCACGAUAUCCGGAAAGCACCAGCAAACCCCACUGCCACUAAACCAGUAUGGAUGCUACAAGCACAUGACGAUUCUGUCUCUGCCUUCGAUAUAAACCCUACUAUUCCUGGAUUUUUGGCUACCGGAUCAGGAGAUAAGCAAGUUAAGCUCUGGAACAUACAGCCCACCGGACCUACAAUGGUAGUAUCACGAGAUUUGGAUGUUGGAAAGGUUUUCUCAACAACCUUUGCACCAGACGAAGAGGUUAGUUUCAGACUGGCUGUAGCAGGCAGUAAAGGACUCGUACAAGUUUGGGACUGCAGUACCAACCCCGGUGUGCGACGCGCAUUUGCGGAUAGAGUGGCCCCUAUCGAAGGAGAAAUAAAGGAAAGGUUAGUGGGAGUACAAAAUGAUAGCGAGUCGGAAGAUGAUGACGAAGAGCUUGAAGAAGGCGAUGGAGGUGAAGUUGAGUCUAUGGACGAGGAUGAUUAA